AUUUAUUUCAUCAGCCUCGCCACAACGUCGUCGUCGCCGCAAGCAACUCCACUUCCCACAGCUUCUAUCUUGCGCCCCUGGGGUCUCAGUUACUGGUGACCUGAGUACAUACUACUGUUUUCCAGCUUUUCACUGGUGUUGGCAGGCGCAGAGCCACAAGGAAAGAUCGGGUGAAUCUACUGUGCUAGCUCGCGCAGAGUUCGAUUUUGUCAAGAUGCAGAGAAAAGACAUCGAGGAGCAGCUAGAUUUGCUGAAGACAGCGAUCAAUGAGAAGCAGCCUGCCGACAAUGUCAUCAACAUCUUAACAAAGCUCAAGGCUGAGGUUGUGCCAACGGAAGACAUUCUCAGGAGCACCAAAGCUGGUAUGAUCGUGGCCAAGCAACGCGCGAAUCCGGACAAAGCUGUCGCACGCCUCGCCUCCGAAAUCGUCUCGAAAUGGAAGACCAUAGUCGAAGCCGAAAAGAGGAGGAAGGUGGGAGGAGCAAAACCUGGGACUGCCUCACCAAGUAAAAACGUCGAUGCAUCGUCGCCAGCCCCACCACAGCCAGCCACAGAGUCCGACGAGUGGAAGGGUGCCGACCCAUCGAAGCGCAAGUGGCAGGAUGAUGGGGUGGAUAUUAAGCGCACCGGCAUGCCGACCCGAGACAACUGUGUCGGUCUGUUAUACAACGGCCUCGCAUUUAUGUCAAAGGCAUCCCCUACCAAAGUUAUACUCAAAGCCAUGGAAGUUGAGAAAGCAGCAUUCACCAAAUAUAAAGGUGACACUCCAGAGUAUCGUGCCAAGAUGCGCUCUCUCUUCCAGAACCUCAAGAACAAGCAAAACAAGGAAUUAGGUCCAAGAGUCUUGAGCGGCGAAAUCCCAGCUGAAAAAUUCGUGGUCAUGACCCAUGACGAGCUGAAGUCUGCUGAGCGCAAGAAGGAAGAUGACGAGCUCCAGAAAGACAACAUGAAGAGAGCACAAGUACCGAUGGCGGAGAGGAGCAUCAGUGAUGCGCUUAAGUGCGGAAGAUGCGGACAGAAGAAAGUCAGCUACAGUCAGGCACAGACGAGGUCUGCUGAUGAACCUAUGACGACGUUUUGCGAGUGCACAGUCUGCGGAAAUCGCUGGAAGUUCUCAUGAGCUCGUUCUAUCUAUGCCCUUCAAAUGCGCUGUAGUCCCUCUUUGACACCGCGUCUCCUUUGACCCGCCGCGUGGACAGUAAUCACGUUAAUUCACAUGUCCGUGGCAGGCAAGAUAUCUUGGCUAUUUAGCCACCCAGCUGUAUUUUGAUAUAAACACAAAGGGCAUUCUGGCGCAAGGAGUUCAGGUUUUCACCCGCCCCCCCUGGAGUCUGUGGCAUGCCAGGUCAUGGAUGUGGCUGACUGGCGAAGGUUUGCAAUACGGAUGCAUACCAUAGAGGUGGCCUACACAGUAGAGCCACAUCCAGAAUUAUAUACUUACCAAUUCUCACGGCCCUGAACUCUGUGAUUCCUUCAUGAUUCGAGCUCAAGAAGUUCAAGAAGUCCCAGGUUUCCAUGCUCCUCUUCCAGACCUUGACUCGCAAUCUCUUUCCAGAAUUUGCUGAGGUGUCUAUUCCCGCUGUCACAGAGUACUGUGACUACCCUUCCUCCCUUGCCCUCUUUCUUUAAUCUCAGCGCAGUAGACACUGCUGCCACGCAGUUGACAGCACUGCUGCUUCCAAUGAAGAUUCCAUCCUUCUCCACCAGCCAUCUGGCCAUUCUCAUGGCUUGUGUAUCCGUCACUUUGAUGGCGUCAUCGAUCA